GGUUGGCAAAUACCUUAGUUCUCACAAAAAUGAUGUCUACUUUAUUUAAAUACUUUUGUGGUUUGGCAGGGAUGUGAAAGCUAGUAGGUGGAUGCAUGGAUAACUCAACAACUAGAGGAACAAGUUGUAUAGGAAACUAGCCCCAUUAGGUAGGGAUACACUGAGCUAGAGCAGGGGAAAUCAGUUAAGCCUUUCAGGAUUUAUGAAGCUAAAAGGUGUCAAGGCAACACUUUCAAUUUUAUUUAAUAUACAAAUGGGAAGCCUAUGUGAUCUUAUCUAUAGACUAAAAUUUAAAUGUUUUUAUAUAUCAGUUGAAAAUAAUGUUUUAAUUUUUUAUUUGUUCUUUUUAGUUAUACAUGACAUUAGAGUAUAUUUUUACUUAUUACACACACAAAAAUAAAAUAAAUAAAUACUUAUUGAUCCUCUUGACACUCAUAGUACUAAAACAAACCUGACAUCUUUUAGAACAUUUGGAUCCUGAGUGCAAAAUAAUCUUCAUUUACAAAUUUUACUUAAGUUCUCUGAUGCUGUUAUUUGAAAAUCUGUCUACCUUGAAUGAGUCCAAGAAAAGUCACUAACACCUGUUUCAAUUGCAAUUACAACAAAUGCUGCUGUUAAGAGCAGGUCACAGAUAUCUUUAUUACAGAGGGUUUAGACAAAUCACUUCUUGUCUCUAAGAAUCUCAGAACUUCUCAUAAUGGCCAGGCAUGGGUUUAAUUAUGUUAAAAUGUCCAAAUUAACUUUCUGCCCCACCCCUUCUGAAAGGGGUUUGGUCUGCUGAAAAUUUAUCUAUACUUUUCCUCAAUUUUAAACAACUUUUUCCCCUACUGGUACAACCUGUGUUCUAGUGGACACUAGGAACAAAAUACUGAAUGUUCUGGGUCUAUGGCAUAUUGAACCCUACACAGCAGUUUUGCUGACAUAGGUAGAAUUAAGAGAACAGGGCUUACCUGAAGAUCCAGGGCUUCAUUAAAGAAACCUGAGGACCUUGACCAUCCAUUGGAUAUGGGGCAUGUCAAUCCUCGCUUCUCAGCAAGAGAGCUUUGGGCAAUCCAGGACCCUUUCUUGACCCUUCCAUGCUCCACCCCCAUGAUCAGCAUAAAAGAAACUUUCCCGCCUUGUCUCAGGGUGCAGUUGCAAUGGACCGCUUCUUCAGCCUCCUUCAUGCACUUCCUAUCUAUCACGGUCCCGCACAGGCAAACUCUCAGUAUGCUAUUUCAUGGGUGGCGCCCUCUCCAGCACCGCCUCCGCCUCCCAGCAUGCCCUGUGACUAAACCCCCCCCCCUCACAGCACGCGUCUGGGCGACGCCAUCUUCACUGACGUCGUCAUUGCAGCCAGGUUGCCGCUCCCAGUCGAAGUCUUUGCUGACUUGUCUCCCGGGCCAUGUCUGACACCAACAAACAAGACCUGGUCCCAAGUGGCCAGAGUGAAGCUGACGAAGAGGCAAGCCUGGACCCUGGGUCCCUAGGCAGUCUCUUGGUGCCUAUGGAAUGGUUGGCUGCAGUGGCGGGAGUCGCAGCCCUUCUGGCUUUCCAGGUGGUUGUAAAAGCCUUUGAAAACAAGAGGCAUGAGGAAGUAACCUGGCCCGCUAUCACGGAGAACAAGAAUGUACAGCCUCUAGAAGAGGAGGAGGAGGAGGAGGACGAGGAGGACGAGAAGGACGAGGAGGAGGAGGAGGAGGAGGAGGACGAGGGGGAGCUGAAGGUAGAACACUACCAGGAACUGGAGGAGGAUGAUGGUGGUGAGGAAGAGGAAGGAGAUGAUGAGGAAGACGAUGGCGGUGAGGAGAACGAAGAGGGUGCAGCAGCUGCUGGUGUCUAUUUUCCUGAGGAUAGAGUACCAGAUGCCAAAACCAAGUGUAAGGUGGGAUAUUAUUUCUGUGACCUUAGGGUCCCUAAGCCUCUAUCAAUACUGGCUAAAGAAGCAGCUGAAUAUUACUACAAAAAACAUAAUGAAGUGUCUGAAGAAACUAGAGGUGAGGAUGGGGAAGAGGAAGGGAAUGGAAGUGAAGAACUGGAAGAAAAACCCCAAAAGGAUCUGGACUCAGCAGAGAGCAGCCUCCCUUAGAAAUCCAGUUGGAAAACAGAAAGAAAUGGAUGGAGAAAGAAACAGCGAAUUUGUUCUUCAUGAUUUUUCUACUUUAAAUUUACCCAGAACACUAAUUUUUUUCCAAAGUUCAUCACACAAAAAAAGACAUCAACUGACAUCUGUCUAUAUGCUAACUUUUUGCUGAUAUAUUUGACUGCUUCUGUUUUGUUAAAAAUAAAAGCUUGUUUGAAAUG